UGUUAUCUCCGCUCAGCGGUAAGCUUACCGCCGCCUCGUCCCUCGUGAAAUCUCGCGAAUUCUGCGCUUUGGGGGCAAAACUCUCGCCUUUGGAGCAGAAUGCCUCAAUGCCAGAAACCCUAGCUGGCGGAUCCCGCCGCGUCAGUCACCGUUGCCGGAUCUCACAGCCCUGCUCUUUGUCAGAGUCUUGCUGACCUCCCCGGGGAUCUCCUCGCAGCGCAGCUUGUCUAAGGAUAAAAAACCCUAAUAGCUUAAUCCUUUAGAACUCAAAAGUUCAAAACACUUAAUCAUGGUGAAGGAAAAGAAGCUGCAAUCCUCCAAUGUCCAAAGAGAGAGCACAACUGCCAUGGAGGAUGAUGACCUUAUGGCCUCACCCAAAGAGGAAGAGGAGAUCGAACGGGUUCUUGCUGAUAUCCCUCUUGGCGAGCUUCAAAAGGUGCGGGCUGAUGGAUCCCAUGCUCCUCGAUCGAAGGCUCCCAUCAAAAGGCAACAGAAGCUUGGGCGUGCUCAUAAGAACAUGCCAAUGGAGAUGAGCAGCAAAGUGCCUGCUGGAAAGUUUAGGGAGGUCAUCCAAGUACCCAAAAAAGUUACACGAGAUCCUCGGUUUGAAUCUUUAUGUGGAACUCUUGACAGAAAUGGGUUUCACAAAAGAUAUGAUUUCUUGUUUCAGGUUGAGCUUCCUGCAGAGAAGGAGAAACUUCAUAAGUUAAUUAAGAAGGAGAGAGACCCAACUGUUAUCAAGGAACUAAAGGAACACCUUUGUUGGAUAGACAAGCAGUUGCAAUCUGCACAACAGAAGAAAGUUGGAUCUCGUGUGUUAUCUGAACAUAUAAAGAAAGAAAAGGAAGCUGCAAAACAAGGGAAACGACCAUAUUACCUUAAAAAAUCGGAAAUUCGUCAAGGGGAGCUAGUAAAGAAAUAUGAGGAUUUAAAGGCUGCUGGGAAGCUUGACUCCUUCAUUGAGAAGAGGAGGAAGAGAAAUGCUUUGAAAGAUAUCCGCUACAUGCCUUACCGGAGAACUAACAAGGAUGUGUGAUGGGUCUUAGUAAGAAUGUAAACUUCAAGUAGUUACACAAAUGAUUGUUGGAUACUACUCUACUCUGCUGUAAAGCUAGCAGGAUCACAAGGCAUGCCUUUUAUCUUCUCUUACAUCAUUUCCUCAGAUGAAUUUCCUGACAUUUUAAUGGAAUUUUCCACUACGCGUUACUGUUGUCAAUUUUGCUGUUGAGUUAGACUUGCCAUGCAGCAGAAACUUUUUUUUUUCAAUCUGUACUGAUUUCAUUAAUGUAUCAUAUGUUUUCCCCCUCUUUUCUCUUGCCUUGCUUGACUACAUCCUCUUCUCCUGACCCGACCAUCUCAGUAUCAGACUGGUUUUUAUUUUUCUUGACUGUCAUAGGCCAAACAGUUAUUUUAGGUGCAUCCAAAACACAUUGACUGAUUGACUUGCUACAGUUGAAACUUUUGCUCUCAAAAGUUGCUGCAUGCUGCUAUGGUAUUGCUUGACAGGAGAAGCUCAUCUUCUAAUUAUUAGUAUGCCCUAUUGCCCCUGCAGUCAUAUUUGUUGCAUAAUAUGAAUCUUUUUUCUUAGUGCAUCAACAACAGCUGGCUCACUUAGUCAGCUGUUUACAUCAUGCUUUAUGAUACUUAAUAAAUAGUAAUUAUCAAGCAUAAUUAUGCCACUGCCCAACAACAUCCUUGCCACUAUUUUAUGCAAGCAUGCCAAUUAUAAUUCACUAGUCUGCUGUUCUUGCAGGUCUUUGAAGUUAACAAUGGCUUUAUACUAAUGAGUUAGCUCUUAAUCUUCAUAUUAUAGUUUGAUUUUUUUUUUGUUUUCUGACUACUAUGUCAUCCUUCAAAUUGAAAUUCUUGUCAACACUGAUGCAUUGAUCAGCGAUUUCUGUCUAAUUUUAUCGACACAAGAUGCUAAUCUAACAGCAUUGUGUAAUGCACCUUUUGUGGGUAAAUGUUUUUUGAA